AUGGCAUCUCUCCUUGGCCAACCGUCUCAUGCUGAGACUUUGGGACACUUACCUCAGUCGGCCACAGCUGGAAACAGGGAGCAUGCAUUUUAUCCAUAUACGGACAAUGGCGGUUCCAUCUUGGGGAUAAGUGGCUCCGAUUUCACGAUCAUUGCUGGGGACACCCGCUCUGUCUCUGGCUACAACAUCAACUCUCGACUAGUUCCGAAAGUUUUCAAGAUAGGAGGUGAUGAUGAGACUGGCGAGGGAGCUCACAUUGUUCUUGCAGUCGUGGGUUUCGCCGCAGAUGGCCGGGCUCUGAAGGAACGACUAGACAGCAUUGUCAAGGUGUACAGGUACCAGCACGGCAAGCCCAUGUCUGUCAAGGCCUGCGCGCAACGACUGUCGACGAUUCUCUAUCAGAAGCGAUUCUUUCCUUACUACGCAUACGCUAUACUAGGAGGUCUCGAUGAGGAAGGCAAGGGAGCCUUGUAUAGUUAUGAUCCCGUGGGUUCCUACGAACGAGAGCAGUGUAAAGCAGCGGGAUCCGCAGCGAGUCUGAUUAUGCCAUUCCUGGAUAACCAGGUCAACUUCAAGAACCAGUACAUUCCUGGAAGUGGGGAGGGGCAUGCUUUGGAGAGAAGGACACCGGAGCCGUUACCAAGGAGCACCGUUGAACAACUGGUGCGGGAUGCAUUCACCAGCGCUGUGGAGAGACAUAUCGAGGUCGGUGACGGUCUGCAGAUGAUGGUCAUUACGAAGGAUGGGAUAGAAGAGAUCUACACCCCUUUGAAGAAGGAUUAA